ACGAUUUCAAAAUUUAAGCGGUGAAAAGUGAAAACCGAGUUUUGUUGUUGAGAUUUUUUUGCUCGCUGGCGAUUUGUCUAGCAUUUGUGAAGGGUGCUGGUAAUCGAGUGCUCUAAUUAAAUCGAAGUGAUUUUUAUACAUUAGUAAUUUAGUACUACUUCAAAGUUCCAGUUUAUUGAAAUGUCUAACGAUCCACACAGAUUGUUGGCCUGUCCAUUUAAUAUGGCACAUCAAAUUGAAUCAUAUAGAAUGCAUGUACACUUACAAAAAUGUAAAAAGCAAUAUACUAAUGUUAUAAAAUUAGUAUGUCCAUUUGAUUCUACACACAUAGUGAAUAGUCCAGAGAUAGAUCACCAUGUAAACUCUUGUAUGCGUCGUGGAAUGCUAGAUAACCAGUUAUAUAAUUUUGAUGAUAAUUCUCAUGUCCCAGUCACAGUUGUUGGCACAACUAAUAUACAAUCCGAGGAGUCCUGGGAUGAUGAGGUAGCCUCAUCAUACAAACCUGGAGUUUCCAAGGCACCUCACAUAAUUACAAAGGUCGUGGGAGCCACACCAUCAGAACGUAGAAAGGCUCGUAUGGAACAGAUUAAGAUGUAUAAACCACCACCAACAAACAAUUAAAUAGUUUUAUGUCUAUAUCUAGCUGUCAAAUAAAUGUAAUAUUUCAACAUGUGCUAAUUCACAGGAAUUACUGUAAUCAUUUAUACUAUAGCAAUAUAUAAAUUCUCAAAUUCUAACAUUAAAAACAGAAAAUAGAUUAAAGAUAAUGGAUCAAUGGAUAAAUAUACAUUUACUUCCUUAUCAAAAAUUAGUCUAGUCUUUGUAUUUUCCAUCAAAAUAUAAUUACACUAUGACAAGAACCUUAACUAACAUUUUUUAAUAUAUGGGGGUAAAUCUUUUCUACAUUUAUUGUUAGAACGGAAGAUUAAUUUAUAAAAACAUUUUUACAUUUAUUUGAUAGGUUAAAUUUUUAAGUCUCUUUUAAAAGUUUUUUAUAAAUAAGAUUAAGUUUUUUAUAUAUAAGUCCAAGAAAAAUACAAAUAUGUGUCUUAAAUACACAUAUUGUAUAGUAAUAGUGACAUACCUCUUCUCAAAAGAUUCAAACAAAUUAUUCCCAACUAACGGGCAAUAAUUUAAACUUUAUUCUGAAAAGUUUGUUUUUGGUAAUACUAUAUUUUUAAACAAGAUUAAUAUAAUAUCUGAAGUCUGAACACAUAGGAAAAAAUUAGUUUAUAUAAAAUAUACAAUAGUCUUUUUGGUGAAUAAAAAAAAGUUGAUUUUGAAUAAUA